AUGGCUUCUAGGAUGGCGAAACCCUCAGCAACGCCACCCACCCCGCCACCGUCUCAGCGCCUCGGAUCGGUGCUUGUGACGGGCGGCUGUGGCUUCCUGGGCUUCCAUCUGGUUGGGCAGCUCCUCGCAGACCCGGAAUGCGGGCCUGUGUGGAUUAUCGAUCGAGACAUCUCGCGCAACGUUCAUGACAGCCCCAAAGCCGAGUACACCAGCUGCAGCAUCACUGAUGCUACCGAGGUGGCGAAAAUCCUGGACCACGUCCGCCCAGAGGUCAUCUUCCACACUGCAAGCCCCAAUGCGACCUACGGGCGCCGCGGCGACUUCUACAGGACCAACGUUACCGGGACGGAGACGCUGCUCGGCCUGGCCAAGGAGAGGCCGUUCGUCAAGGCGCUGGUGUACACCUCCUCAAACUCCGUCUACGCCACCGCCAAACACGCCAACAUCCGGGAGUCGGAGCCCAUCUGGACCGGCCGACCGGCGCCGUGGAAGGGCAUCCUCGAGUACGCAUGGACCAAGGGCACGGCGCAUCAGCUAGUACUCGACUCGAACGAGAGCUGGCGCAAGGGCGGCCUCAAGACGGCGGUGAUCGUGCCGGCCAACAUCUACGGCGUCCGCGACGGCCAGGCCCUGUCGCUCAUGUUCGACCUGUUCCAGGAUCUGAGUAGGCCCAUCUUCCAGGUCGGCAGGGGCGGCAACAUGGCCAGCUUCGUCGAGGUGGGCAACUGCGCCUCCGCCCACGUCCUCGCCGCCAAGGCCAUGAUCGAGGGCCGGCCCGGCGUGGCGGGCGAGGCGUUCAACGCGUCGGACGGGGACGACGUGCCGCUGUGGUGGCAUACGAGCGUUACUUGCGCUGCGAUCCGUGACCAGGACGUCGGCGGUGCCGGCGGUCCUGGUAAGGCUAGGGUCAGGAUCGUGCCGGCGUGGGUGAUGUGGAUCGCUGUAUGGGUUGUGUGGUGGGUGCUAUUGAUCUUCACAUUGGGGUACAUGGAGCCGCCGCCAGCGUUCAGUCGGGAGGGAUACGAGUGGUGCACCGAAGACCACACAUAUGAUAUUCGAAAGGCGAGAAGAGUCUUGGGGUACGCGCCGUUGUCUGGAAAAGAGUGGCACGCAAAUAUCGUCAUGGACGCGGUUGAAUGGGAGAAGGAUCGCCGGUGGGAAGCUCGGAAGGAGGAGUAA